GUGGUUAGGAUGGAGGAAGAAGAGGGCGGCAGCGGUGGCAGAAGCCGCAUGGACUUCGGAGGUGGUAGCAGUGGAAGCAGUGUGGAUGAUGAUGAUGAUGGUAUACCGUUAGAUGAUGGUACGGGCGCUGACGUACAUGCGGGAGGUAUGAGCAGCAGCAGCAGCAGCAGCCCUCCCCGCCCCCCUGCUCCUGCCCCUCCCCCCACUGCUGCCGACCUGGAUGCGGAGGCGUUGCGGCGGCUGCUGCGGCUGGCCAGGAGGGCGGGGUUCCAGCCGCUCACGGUUCGCGACGUGCGUCUUGCCGACUCCCUCAACGCCGACUACCUGAGUCAGCUCUUCAUAAAGGGCUCACCACGGCGGCUGGACGGGGCGCUGGUGCAGCCCUACGUUGACCCCGCGCUGCCCCCCGAGGCCCGCCCCGUGCUGCUGCUCCACCGCGGCUACGGGCGGGAGGUGGCGGCGGGGCGGCUGCUGCUGCAGAAGCUGGACUACUUGCAGACCCUGGUGGUGGGGCAGGCAGGCAGCUGGGCGACGGGGGCGGCGGCGGCGCUGGCGGCGGCACUGUUCGGGACCUUCGAGGAUGGGAGUGGCGGCGGUGGUGGCGUUGGUGCUGACGUCAGCAGCGGCGGCGGUAUUAGCAACAUCAGCGGAAGCAGCGUCGUAGGUACUGAAGCCAGGGUUCUGCCGGUGAAAGUGGCGGCGGAGGCGGCGACGGCAGGAUCGGAAGGGAAGACCUCAGUGACGGCGGCGGCGGCGGGGGACGCUGCUGUCGUACGACAAAGUAACGGCGGCGGCGACGGUGUAACGGCUGCGACAGUGGCGGCGGCCUCUUCGUCUAGGGAAGUCGCCGCAGUGACGACGGCAGUGACGGCGGCGCAAACCCAGCAUUCAACGACAACGACGGCGACGAUAGCGGCGACGACGGCGACGUCCUCAACUGCCGUCUCCAUGCCAUCAACAGCUGUAACGGCAGCAGCAACGGCGCCAGUGACCCUCAGCGCCGCCGUCACCACAGCGUCUACCACCCACGGCGGCGACAACACCGACUGCACCUCCUUGCAGCCCUUGUCUCGGCAGCGGCAGCAGCAGCAUCUGACAGCUCACUCCCAUGGAGAACCCGGAGGAGGGACACGCAGUAGCAGUCUCGAUAGCGGUAGCAGUGGCAGCAGUAGUAGCGGCGCCAUGACGACGAGUGCCGUGAUGACGACUGAAGGGGCUGCUUCGGUUGGCGGUGGUGUUAGGGGCGACAGCGACGGGUGCAGCUGCAGUAGCGGCAGCUAUAGUAGCAGCAACAGCAGCAGCAGUCGGCAUACCGGCGGAGGCUCUGCAGCUGCAAAAUCAGCAGCAGCCGCAGUUGCGGCGCGUCGGCGGGGUGACGUUGCUGCGUCACCGUCGGGCGGGGCGGUUGUACGACAACCAGGGAUCAGGGCUGGUAUGCCGUACGCUGGCGGCGGUGGUAGUGGUGAAUGCGGCGAAACUGGCGGCGGGACAACUGGUCAUUCUUCUUCCACGAAGGCGGGGGUUGCAGCGGCCGAGCCGCCGUGGCCGUCACCCCCGUCACCUCCGUCACCGCCCUCGUCUGAGAGUCCGCUGACGGCCGCCCUGUCACGCAUCUUCCACACGCUGUCAGAGUGGGGCCUGGCUCCCCGCUCCGACGUGCUGCCCCUCGCCUCCUUCAACCAGCACUUCCCG